AUGGCCACGAUACCGAAUGGUGACCUCAACAACACCUCAGCCGAACGGGUUCGAGCUGAAAUCGCCAUUGAUCCUGCGUACCAACAUCUCUCACUUGCGAUACCCCCCUCCGACGACGAUGCCGAAAUCCGAAAAUUAUACAGACCAUUCAUACUCGAGGGGGAUGAUGCAGAACAAGACUGGGUUUCUCAGUUGGAGCUGAGUACUGUGUUGAGAAUGGUAGACACACAAGUGCUCCAACGGGGUGAUGAUAGGCUCAGAGUAGUAGUUUUGUAUGGGAGCAUGCGGCAGAGAUCCUACUCCCGCCUGCUAGCAUACGAAGCCAGCAGAGUACUUUUCCGACUUGGCUGCGAUGUGCGCAUAUAUGAUCCUACUGAUCUUCCCGUCAAAGAUGACGUGCAACAUACACAUCCCAAAGUGCAAGAGCUACGCGACUUGAGUAAGUGGAGCGAUGGACAUGUAUGGAUAUGUCCUGAGCAGCAUGGAACCUUAACGGCCGUCUUCAAGAACCAGAUCGACUGGAUACCCCUCUCGACCGGAUCUGUGCGCCCGACUCAGGGCCGAACUCUCGCCAUAGCACAGGUGAAUGGCGGAUCGCAGUCCUUCAACACGGUUAAUUCGUUACGCAUACUCGGUCGAUGGAUGCGUAUGUUUGUGAUCCCGAACCAAAGUUCUAUACCCAUGGCAUACAAGCAGUUCACCGAGGAGGACGCUGGAAGCAGGCUCAUGCCUAGUGGUAACAGGGAUCGUCUUGUUGAUUGCAUGGAGGAGUUUGUCAAAUACACCAUCGUCACGCGUCCGCACUUUGACCUUUUCGGCGACCGGUAUAGCGAGAGAGAAGAGAAACGGGCGAAGCAAGCAAAAGAAGGCAGCAUACGAAAGAGAGGCUCCAAAGCAAGCUUGGACUAG